UUUUUUUUCUUUUCACAGGUGCUGGCAUCAUGUCGGGCAUUUCUUUUAACAUCUCGUAUUCCCACCAAGUUAGAACUAACUUUCAGCUACUUGGAAAUCCAAGGAGUAACUUCCUGUAAGCCAGGUCAGCUGAUUAUGGAAACUGAGAAAUGCAGCAUGUCCAUGAAGAUGGCGUCCUCUGAGGAUGUGAAUGAGGUGUUGGCGCACAUUGGAACCUGCCUCAGGAAGAUAUUCCCUGGACUCUCUCCAGUGAGGAUUCUGAAAAAAGUAACAAUGGAGCCUUCAGAAAGACUGGUUAAUCUCCAGGCCCUGUGGGACAGUCAGACAGUGGCAGAACUUGGACCUUGUGGAGGCUUUUCACAGAUGUAUGCCUGUGUGUGUGAUUGGCUUGGAUUUCCAUAUAGAGAAGAAGUACAGUGGGAUGUUGACACAAUUUAUCUGACACAAGAUACCAGAGAGUUGAAUUUGCAAGACUUCAGCCAUCUUGACCACAGAGACUUAAUACCAAUAGUUGCUGCUCUGGAGUAUAAUCAGUGGUUUACAAAGCUGUCCUCCAAGGAUCUGAAAUUAUCCACUGAUGUCUGUGAGCAGAUUCUGCGAGUAGUGAGUAGGUCCAAUCGAUUGGAAGAACUGGUAUUAGAGAAUGCUGGGCUUAGAACAGAUUUUGCACAGAAACUAGCCAGUGCCCUAUCCCAUAAUCCCAACUCAGGACUCCAUACAAUCAACCUUGCUAGCAAUCCACUUGAAGACCGAGGUGUAUCAUCUCUAAGCAUCCAGUUCGCCAAACUUCCAAAGGGACUGAAACAUUUAAAUUUAUCUAAAACCUCCUUGUCACCUAAAGGGGUGAACAGCCUUUCCCAGUCACUGAGUGCCAACUCGCUGAUAGCGAACACGCUCGUCUAUCUUGACCUCUCAGGGAAUGCUCUCCGUGGGGAUGAUCUCUCAGUAAGCAUCUCACUGUUCUAA